CGGCGGGCGGUGAGGCGGCACCGCCAUGGACACGUCGGGGCACUUCCACGAUUCGGGCGUGGGGGAUCUGGAGGAAGACCCCCGGUGCCCGUGCCCGUCGUCGGGGGACGAGCGGCCGCCGCCGCCGCCGCCGCCCGCCGCGCUGCCGCCGCUCCAGCACAGCCUGUUGCACUCCUCGCCCGGGUCGCUGCGGGCCCCUCCUCCCGCCGCCCCCGCCGCCCUCCACCCUUCCUCCCGCCACGGCAGCCAGCUCAACCUCAGCGACCACUUGGGCGGCCACUCGCCGGGCUCGGCGGUGCCGUCGGGGGGCAAACACCGGCAGCCCAGCCCCCUGGUGCACCGGCGGGACAGCAACCCCUUCACCGAGAUCGCCAUGAGCUCCUGCAAGUACAGCGGGGGGGUGAUGAAGCCCCUCAGCCGGCUCAGUGCCUCCCGCAGGAACCUCAUCGAGGCCGAACCCGAAGCUCAGCCCUUGCAGCUCUUCGGUGCCGGCGGACCCCCCGAAAUCGUCGUUUCCAGGGAGGACAACCACGCGCCCCCCGCCCGGCCCCCCACCCGGCACGGCCCCCGCGCCGACCGCCCGCCCGCCCGCCCCGCACCCGCCGGCUUUGCCAAAGGGCCCAAACGCAAAGCUCAGAACAUCGGGUACCGUUUGGGCCACCGGCGAGCGCUGUUCGAGAAGAGGAAGCGGCUGAGCGACUACGCGCUCAUCUUCGGAAUGUUCGGCAUCGUCGUCAUGGUCAUCGAGACCGAGCUGUCCUGGGGGCUCUACUCCAAGGACUCCAUGUUCUCCCUGGCCCUGAAAUGCCUUAUCAGCCUCUCCACCGUCAUCCUGCUGGGGCUCAUCAUCGCCUACCACACGCGGGAGGUGCAGGUACGUCCGAGGACUCAUCCCCGAACGGUCCGUGCGCUCUGCAAGGCUUUGGAAGCAAGGAUGUCCGCUGCCAUCCCCAUCCCACCCCUCUCACGGGGACAAACGGCCGCAGGAGCGAUGGGUCCCCAUCCUUCUCACCCCCCUCACGCUCCCCUCAGCCGGGUGUGAGCCGCAGCUUUUCACCUCUCCCUGUUUGUAGGACGGGGAGGGUCCCGCAUUUCUGCUCUUUCACCGCAC